AUGGCGGUGCUGUCUCUCGCUCUCGUUUCCGCGACACUGGUCAUCCUCGCCCUCCUCCGUCGGUUCCUACGGCGGAGCGCUGCUCCUAACCUGCGUGGUCCACCCGUACCCUCGGUGUUAUUUGGACACGAGUACCUCUUAACUCACCAGGAAGAGGUGGGGGCUCUCGACUUCCAAUGGAUGCAGGAGUACGGUCCCACAUGGCGUACCAAGAACUUCUUCGGGGCCGAGCAAGUUAUGACCGCGGAUCCGAAGGCGUUGCAACACAUUUUGCACAAGUCGGGGUAUCACUACCCGAAGCGGGUGGAUAAAAACCACUUCCUUUACCUGCUCCUUGGACCGGGGAUACUUGUGACAGGUGAGAUGCACCAGCGCCAGCGCAAGACGAUGAACCCGGCCUUCAGCGCGCCGCAGCUCAAGCUUUUCGUGCCGCUCUUCCAGCGCACUGCGAAGAAGGUCGUGGGCAAGUGGAAGGCUGACAUAGAACCCUCCCCUGGUUCCCCGAUUUUGGUCAAUCAACUGCUGACCCGCGCCGCCCUCGACGUCAUCGGUAAAGCCGCUUUCGACUACCAGUUUGGGGCCCUGGACGAGCUGGAAAACCCGCUUACCCAGGAAUACAGGACGAUAUUCAAUGAUGCAAACCUGUAUCCCACCGCCUCCGAGCAGAUCUGGCGCGCGACGUGGCCGUACCUCACAUGGCCGGUGCUCAAGCUGACCAAGUACACGCCCACGAAGCUCUACACGCGCUUCCGGCGCGUGAACAGGAUGUUCGAGAACAUCGGCCGGCCGCUGUACAAGGCCGGCCUGGACACAUGGGACGCCUCGCAGGAGAAGCGGCGGGACGCGAUGAGUCUCCUCAUCAAGGCGAACGCGUCCGAGAACCCGAACACGCAGAUGAGCGAGGAGGAGGUCGUCGCGCAGCUGCACCACCUGACCGCCGCGGGCCACGAGACGACGUCGACGACGCUCACCUGGAUGCUGUACGAGCUCGCGCAGCACCCGGUGUACCAGGCGCGCGUGCGCGCGGAGAUCCGCGCCGCCCGCGCGGCCGUGCGCGAGCGAGGCGACGGCGACUUUUCGCUCGAGGACCUGGACAACAUGAAGGUGACGCUCGCCGCGAUCAAGGAAACGCUCCGCUUCCACCCCCUCGUCUUCCACCUGUUCCGCGUCGCGGACCGGGACGACGUCCUUCCGCUCUCCCACCCCGUCAUCGGCAAGAACGGCGAGGUGAUGUCGGAGAUCCCCGUCACCGCUGGCCAGCCCAUCCUCCUUUCCAUCUGCGGGUACAACCGUCUCAAGGACCUGUGGGGCGAAGACGCCGACAUGUGGAAUCCGGAGCGCUUCCUGGGUGUCCAAACUGAAAAGGGAGUCAAGGUUGGGGUGUAUGCCAACUUGCUAACUUUCUCCGCCGGUCUGCGCGCGUGCAUCGGCUGGCGUUUCGCGCUGUACCAACUCCAGGCCGUUGCCGCCGAGCUCCUCGACCAGUUCGAGUUCGCGCUCCCGGAGGACAAGCCGCAGAUCAAGCGCGCGCCGGCGGGGACGAUGAUCCCAGUGAUCGACACCAAGGAGGGGAAGAAGUCGAUGAUGCCGCUCCGCGUCUCGCUGGCGGGGUAG